AUGGAGCCUUUGCCGCCUCCGCCUCCGCCUCCUGGCGAAACCCGCAGUCAUGCGGCAUCUGGUUCUUUGCGCGCGGGUAGUCACGCUCCAAACUUCAAUGAAUUGCGUAUCGGUGGAUUUUCAUCUCGCUCCUCAUCGCUGCCUACUGAUUUCUCAGCUAUUAAGGACGGGGACCCGUUGUCACCUAAAACGCGUUUGGAAAUGGAAAAGCAACGGCAGGCGUUGAUCAAACCGACGGUGAAUUUAUCGGGUCUUAACACUAGUGCGGCCAACACAAGCAACACGACACCCACUAGCAACAAUAGCGCACGCAGCACGCCGCACUCUUCUUCCUUUUAUAGCGCGAGCAGUAGCUCUGAGCUAGUGCCCAGCAGUUCCCGGCGCUUUGACCAACAGAUGCAGCGCUUGACCUCAAGCAACCAAAUGUCGCCGCAUCGAGCCAUGUUAAGUCGAGUCGAUAGUCUGCUGGGCUCUCAAUCUGAAGGUCCUUCGCCUGUUGCAUCGUCUCAAUUCGAAGACGUUAAUGUGGCAGCCCAGUCCGUGUUUGUGGAGUCGAACAACAGCACGUUGCCAAAUUCGGUAACAUCACCCUGGAAUUUUUACAAAGACCGAGGCGAAGAACCAAAAGAACCCUCGAGCUGUGGAGCUGAAAUCCUAUACAACUCGCCCAUCAGACUUCGACUGAGCAGUCGCCAGUGCAUUAGGAUUUCGGCGGUCAAAAAUGAGAAGCAUCAGACUCAAAAAUUGUCGCACUUACCACCGAGACCGACGGGACAAGGCCAGGCAACAGGUGGAUUGGCUGGAAUUGCACGCACUGUAAGACCUUCGACAUCUACUGUUCAGAUCGACGUCAGCGGCGAUGGGUUGGAUGGAGACGACGAUCAAGUAUUUGUGCUGCAAAAUACUACCCUACGUUCAGACUGUGGAGAGGUUCACUUUUCAGAUGUCGUCUCAAUAUAUUGCACUAUUGGAAGCUGUAAAGGACAUUUUUUAUCGGUUGAUCCUACAACUCAAACAUUAUUGAUGAAGAAAGGGCCAGUAAUCUCCAACAACGAAAAAUGGAGACUUGUGAAUCCUAUUAAAGAAGGUCAUGAGGACCAUUUAGCGUCUAUGAAUGCCACUAGCAGGUUGUGGGGAAACCAAAAAUCGAUAUUCACAAGUGAUAGUGUGAUGAUUAAGAUGAAUACGGCGGAUCUCUACCUAUCCGUACAUUUCGACGGGUAUGAUGAAAACUCAUUGGACGCUAAAGCUCCGUCAGUUCUAUUGUGCAAAGAGAAUAAUGACAUGAAUAAUAUUACGCAAGUUUGGAAGAUCACAAAGUCAAAUUUGCCCUACGAUCCGGAUUGGAAUCGAGAUCGUCCGUAUCUUACCGGCGAGAUGUUUUUGCAGCAAGCCACGCGAUAUCCCGCAGCUGAUAAUAAUAGUGACUGUAAUGUGCCGCCAUUGUCUACGUAUCCUCCUUCAGUUCAAGAAACAAUCAUUCUGGAUGACUUGUUGUAUGUUCUCUUAGGAGUGGAAGGCCGUUACAUUCAAUUGGCUGUCACCGAGACUAGAGCUGUCAAGACUAAUCAGACAGUCAGAUCGUUUAAAUUUGGCCUUAGUCAACCUGGUAUGGAUCCAUCCCUCUUGACCUUAUCAUCACGAUGUCUACCUUUGGGCGAGUUCUACUUGAAAUCUAUUGUCUACAUUGAGGAGUUCUCUCGAUAUGAAUAUGGCCAAGUGAGCCAUGCUUUUUGUGCAGCAUUGAAAAUGCUGAUAAAGGAAUAUAAAAUUAUGAUUGGACAGCUGGAACACCAGUCGAGAAAUGCAGAUGAUCAUCUCACUAUUCAGAAGCUGUGGUACAACGUGCAACCAAGUUUAAGAACAAUGGAGAUGCUAAGCUUACUCGUGGACAAUUGCCGCACAACGAUCGGUGGUGGAUCAUUGCUUUCUGAGAUUCAGCGCAUUAUGUCUUCUUUGGCAGGUGACUCUAAUGCACGCAAGGUGUUUUCGUUUCUGUUGGAGCGCGCCAGUGUGCCAUAUCUUAAAAUGGUGGAACGAUGGAUAUACCACGGUGAUCUUGUUGAUCCGUACGACGAGUUUAUGAUUCGACGAGAUGACCAAGUGAGCAAAGAAGACGUACAAGAUAAUCCGUACUCAACCUACUGGCAGAGUCGCUACACCAUUCGAACAUCUCAAGUACCGCUUUUUCUUUCUCGAGUCGCACAGAAAAUCUUGACAGCGGGAAAGUAUUUAAACGUUUUUCGCACAUGCAGUCGUCAGAUGGAUUGCCCAUUUGCAAGCGAGAUUGUCUUCGCGUCCAGUGAGUCGGUAUACGAGGAACUUAUUGACAAAGCGCAUGGUUUUGCGAGUCGGGUACUACUAGAUCUCUUUCUGCGCGAAAACGAUUUGCAAAAUCGUCUGAUCUCACUAAAACACUACUUUCUGAUGGAUCAAGGAGACUUCUUUGUGGACUUCAUGAAUGUCGCCGAAGUCGAACUUAAGCUUCGUGCUGACACACUGUCGUUGCCUCGCUUGGAAUCAUUGCUUCACCUGUCGCUUCAAACCUCCACUUGCUCGUCUGAUCCGUACAAAGACGACCUACAGUGUUUCUUAGCACCCCAUAACCUCAUCUCUCAUAUGGAAGCAAUCCAUCAACGCGCUCAGAAAGGACCCCGAGAUUCAUUGACAACUUUUGAAUCAACGUCCAUUGGUCACCCUGGAUAUAAGGUUAUCGACGCGUUUACACUCGACUACAAUGUAAAAUGGCCUCUAUCACUUGUGAUAUCGUGUGGUGCCUUGACCAAGUACCAAAUGAUCUUUCGACACAUUUUUUUCUGCAAGCACGUGGAACGCCAAUUGUGUGAUGCAUGGUUAAAUCACCAGGCAACAAAAGAAUUGUCUUUGCGUGCAGCGCUUGGUCCGUCGUUUUGCCUUCGACAGCGUAUGUUGCAUUUCCAGCAGAAUUUUGUAUAUUACAUGAUGUUUGAGGUCAUUUCGCCGCGAUGGCAUGAUUUUCAGCAAAAAUUAGUUAGUGCAGCGACCGUGGACGAUAUAUUGGAAUUUCAGGGCGAGUUUCUUGAUAUUUGCCUGAAAGAGUGCUUGUUGACGGACCCGGACCUCUUGCGAGUCCUCACAAAGCUUAUGAUGCUAUACACGGCCCUAUUUCCUGGAUGA